CUCAAUCAUGGAGGUAUCUUUCAGCACGUUUCAUAGCCAAUGCAUUGAACCUUGAAAUUUUUCCACAUAAGUACAAUUUUUUGCAGCUCAAUAUAAAAGGUUAAGUCAUGCUAAUAAGUAAUAACAUUCUUGCACACACUAUGGAAGAGGAAAAGGUGAAACAAGGUGAAUUACCAAAGCAAAUAAAGUACAGAGGAGUAAGGAGAAGGCCAUGGGGGAAAUGUGCCGCAGAGAUUCGAGAUUCAGCUCGACACGGAGCUCGAGUUUGGCUUGGUACAUUCAACACUGCUGAGGAAGCUGCUAGAGCUUAUGAUCGUGCUGCUUUUGAUAUGAGAGGUUCUUCAGCUAUUCUCAACUUUCCACAUGAACAUUUUCCAUGCAAUAUGGCUUAUAAUCCUUCUAAGUCAAGUUCCUCUACUUCAAUAUCAUCAUCAUCUUCAAUAGUCAAUAAAUCUGAGCUUGGUAAACAACAAGUUUUGGAAUUUGAGUAUUUGGAUGAGAAAUUGUUAGAGGAACUCUUGGAUUUUGAGAAUACCAUCGACCCGAAUUGGUUCAAGUAGGAGUUACUUGACUUAAUUAUGAGUGAUAUUGUUCUACUUUUGAUCCCAAUUCUGUAUUUUGUACUUAAUACUAUCAAUAUAGUACUUUAUAAUAAAGUUGUUUUGUUGUUGCACAAUAUUUAUGAAUUACAUGUUUUUUGCUUUAA